GCAAUUUUAAUGCUGCCCACAAUGUUGCCAGGCAUCUCUGGAGGAGGAGGUGCAUUCAGUUAGAACAGAGGAGAGACAGAGAAGAGUUGGUCUCUGUGUGGUGCCGAUGUGUGUGUUUGCCUUGAGCUCCUUCAGCAAGCAGAGGGAGGACGUUUGCCAGACCCAGAGCUCAUCUGAAGUCCAUUAAACCCCGGAGAAGAAGGGUCCUCUGUAAUCUGCCUUGACACUCCACCACGGGCUCCUAUUUGCUGACAGAGGUACACCCAUACAUGUAGCAGCAACUCCUCCAGCACUCUGACUGCUUUUCUCUCCUCAAGUCGAAAUAUUUUCCAGAGGGGAAGACGAGAGGGAGGGAGAGACGGAUCACAGUGCGUGAAGUCAGCCCUUGCUUCUUAAUUUGAGACAUUACCUUGUCAGCACGGGGGCUGUUUUCAAAAGGCAACGACUCCAACUUCAAACACAAAACUCUUACCAUAACUCGUAGCUUAUACAGAGGUGGUUUCCAGGACAAGCGUGCAACGUUUACGUAAACACAGGAAACAGCUGACACUUUUCCAGAGAAUCGACCUAAAGAGAUAAAGCUCGGAGCAAGAGACACGGCUGAGGGUGAUUUCUGUGAAACAAAACCUACUGCUCCACAAGUCGAGAUGUCUCGUUGGGGGCGAAAAAAUGUGAAGAAGGCGCCUGAGGUGAUCCGUACUGUGACGGAAGGACUGAAGUCCCUGUAUCGUAAGAAGCUGCUGCCACUGGAGCAGUACUACGGUUUCCACGACUUCCACUCUUCCUGUCUGGAGGACGCAGACUUUGAUAAUAAGCCCAUGGUGCUGGUCGUGGGGCAGUAUUCUACAGGAAAGACGACAUUCAUCAAGUAUCUGUUGGAGCAGGAUGUUCCAGGGAGCAGGGUGGGGCCCGAGCCCACCACCGACUGCUUCACUGCCAUCAUGCACGGGGAUGUGGAGGGAGUCAUUCCCGGGAACGCCCUCAUUGUAGAUCCGAACAAGCCUUUCCGCAAGCUCAACCCGUUUGGAAACACUUUCCUCAACAGGUUCCAGUGUGCUCAGAUGACCAACCAGGUCCUGGAGAGUAUUAGCAUCAUCGACACGCCGGGCAUCCUGUCAGGGGCGAAGCAGAGAGUGAGCCGAGGUGAGGGGAGUGGCAAAGGCUAUGAUUUCCCAGCUGUGCUGCGCUGGUUUGCAGAGCGUGUGGACCGCAUCAUCCUCCUGUUUGAUGCCCACAAACUGGAGAUAUCAGAUGAGUUCGCUGAGGCCAUCGGUGCUCUGAAGGGCAACGAGGACAAGCUGCGUGUGGUUCUCAACAAGGCAGACAUGGUGGGCACUCAGCAGCUGAUGCGUGUGUACGGCGCACUCAUGUGGUCCCUGGGGAAAGUGUUUGGCACGCCAGAGGUGCUGCGCGUCUACAUCGGCUCCUUCUGGUCAGAGCCACUGCUGGUUACGGACAACCGCAAAUUGUUUGAGCUGGAGGAGGAGGACCUGUUUACUGACAUCCAAAAUCUUCCGCGCAACGCCGCCUUGCGCAAGCUCAAUGAUCUGGUCAAAAGGGCACGUCUGGUUAGGGUUCAUGCCCACAUCAUCAGCUAUCUGAAGCAGGAGAUGCCAUCUGUCUUCAGGAAGGACAAUAAAAAGAAGGCUCUGAUCCACCAGCUGCCAGUUAUUUUUGCUAAGAUCCAGCUGCAGCACAACAUUUCUGCUGGAGACUUCCCAGACUGCGAUAAAAUGCGGGAGCAACUGAUGGUUCAUGACUUCACAAAGUUCAAGACCUUAAAGCCAAAUCUGAUGACAGCCCUGGAUGAGUUGCUUUCUGUUGACAUAGCCAAACUGAUGCCCCUCCUGCGGCAGGAGGAGCUGGAAGCAGGUGACCAACCAGGUGUGCAGGGCGGUGCCUUCCUGGGAACCCGUGCCGGGCCAUUCACAGAAGUUGACCUCUUCGCUGAGGAGAAUGAAGACGAAUGUGAAGAAGAGGAAGACUGGGUGGUGACCAAAGACAAGGCCAAAUACGAUGAAAUCUUCUAUAACCUCGCUCCUAGUGAGGGUAAGCUGAGUGGCACCAAGGCUCGGGACUGGAUGGUGAGCUCUCGCCUGCCCAACUCAGUACUGGGUCGCAUCUGGAGGCUGUCUGAUGUAGACCGUGAUGGUAUGCUGGAUGAUGAAGAGUUUGCCCUUGCCAGCCACUUAAUUGAGGUCAAGCUGGAGGGCCGUGGUCUGCCCCCGGAGCUCCCCAACCGCCUGAUCCCACCCUCCAAACGCAGGCAGAAAGGUUCUGAUGCAUAGGCAUGUCUCACAGACUCCUCUCUUAUUGGCUGUCACACUUACUGUAUGCUACUGUAUCUGUUUACUCCUUUCCAUCCAGACCCUUGACAAAAUGCAAUUUGAAAAGGUUUCAGCUUGACACUGCGGUUGAUCUUGCACAGGGGACCAUAUAGUGCAGCAGAUAGGAAAA